GUAAAAAUCAAAACAUUAAAAUGUCUCAAAAGAUGUUGUCCCAUUCAAUAAGGGGUCUCUUGAGUGUAGGGACACAAUCUAAAGGGGCACUCAAUCGUCCUUUGUUUGGUUGGCUCAACUCUGUUUUCAAUAGAAUGGACAAAGAUAGAGUUAAAGAAGUUGGUCCUGAGAGAGCUUGUGCAGAAUGGCUUAUUAGAUGUGGGGCCCAUGUUAAGUGGAAAGGUGCUAAAAGAUGGCAUGCAGAUUACAACACAUUGCCACAAAGUAGUUCUAACAAAUAUGUCAUUGAGGAAGUGAAUGGUGACAAUGCUGCUGUGAUGGGGAUUGGCUUUCCUCAUUUUGUGGGAUGCAAUCAUGUCAGAAAGAUCCGCUUUCACUUUUGUGGCUACAUGCAUGAUGAUGCCAUUCAACAGCUAGACAUUCUGAAAGAAACACUAGAGCACCUAGAGAUCACAAGCUGCGCUAAUGUGACUGAUAAAGGAUUAUUUAGUCUUACCAAUCUGAAUUCACUGCAGACCCUUAUUAUGUAUGACCUUCCAUCUGUGAGAGACAAAAAAGGAAGUUUGGACUUGUUGAGACAUGGACUGCCAAAGUGCCAUAUAGAAUUUCAUGAUGUAGAAAAGCCUGAAAAUCCAGCAAUUAGCAUGGGAGGAACAGAUGCAAAAACCUAGUACUAUUUAUAUGAAAUCUCUGCACAUGCAUUUCAAAAUCUGGGUGUGUUUUGUUGUUCUUGUACAAUACUUUGGCAAUCAGAGUAUUGAAUUAGUUCAAGGUGCUACCAUGAAUCAUUUAACAAGUUUGAGAGAGUCAAUAAUAUGAUAUGCCAUUUGCCAUAUCAGUGAAAAGGAAACUCAAAAUUGUCUUUAUACAUCGGUCCUGAUAUAAAGAUGGCAGUGUGGUCGGUUUGUUUAUGCUAUGAAGAAAAUACGGUUUCUCUUGCCACAUAUACUAUUACCACAUAUAUUGUGCCAUCUGUAAUGGACCCAACAAUAUACUGUAACUUAAAAAGAAGACAUACUGGCACAGUGUACAACACAAAAAACAGAACUUUGUAACAUGUGUGUGAGUACAGGUGUUAUAUUAUGUACACGCAUCUGAUUUUACUUAACCAGAUUUUGUAGGCUUUUGCUAUAGCUUCAAGCCAUUGCGCAAAUCCUUCCACAAUACCUGCAGAGUGCAGUACACAGAAGUCCAGAGACUUGUACAUCCACAGUUUUUGAAUUGAAAUAUAGGUGUCCCAACAUAUGAUUAGAAAAAGGAGGUCGGAGUCUGGUGUUCAGCGUCUGUAACAAAUAACAUGUGGUGACAUUUUGCACGUUGAUACCUUGUUAGAUAGUUAGUCUCAACUUGUUAAAGUCAGUUUGUUUCCAUUUUGUUACAUGCUACACAGACAUGUUAAUUGUAAAUUAAAUAAGAUUUUAAAAAGUUU